AUGGCCGGCCUUUCAUGGGGCAGUGUGUCUAUGUUUGCAAGCAUGAUGCAGACUGUGGUGUUGCAAAUGUGUGUGCUCCCCAUGUAUGGGGAGAUGCGAAACCGAUCACCAGGCGCCUUCGCGAAGGUCGUUUACUGGGGCUUCGCGGUGCUUUUCAUCGUUUGUGCCAGCUUCGCUCUGCUGGGGUACUUCACCUUCGGCUCUGCCGUGAAAUCCAACGUGCUGCUUUCACUUCCCACAAGCCGUGCCGGCAACUUGGCCCGUCUGUGCGCAGGGGCCAGUGUGGUGGGAGUCUAUCCCAUCAUAUUAAAGCCGAUGAUUGCGACCUUGUAUCGACCAGGAGAAGGGCACGAUGGCUUGACAACACAUUGGGCCACCGGCUCUGUGGUCGCAGGUGUGAUGAUGGCAUCUUUAGUUCUUUCUGAUCUCGGGAAGCUCAACAUCUUCAACGGAGCUGUGUCUAUGGGUGUCUUCGUCGCCAUCGUUCCCUUCUUGGUCGGGCGGGGCCCUGAGGUUCUGAUGGCAAUGCGGGAUGGACGGUCGGCAGUAAUGCUGAGAGGUCUCGCAAAAAUGCGGUUACCGGAGGGUUUUUUUUGCAAAUCCUCGGAAACGGUAAAGAAGAAGAACAAGAAGAACAGAGUCUGGAACUUCCUCGGCCCAAGUGGCUCCAAUCAGAGGCAAACUCUGGACGAGAUUUAUUCCACUGCAGUGUUCGCAAAAACCGGAGAUAGAAGAUUCAGACGCCGGGUUUCCCGGCCGGUCAGCGCGUGA